AUGGCGGGUCUGGAGCUGCUGUCGGAUCAGGGCUAUCGUUUGGAUGGAAGAAAAGCCAACGAGCUGCGGAAAGUCCAGGCGCGGAUGGGAGUGUUCGCUCAGGCGGACGGCUCUGCUUAUAUCGAGCAGGGAAACACCAAAGCCCUGGCUGUUGUCUACGGACCGCAUGAAAUGAGAGGUUCCCGGAGUCGCACUCUUUAUGACCGUGCUGCCAUCAACUGUCAGUACAGCAUGGCAACCUUCAGCACGGCAGAGAGAAAAAGAAGACCUCAUGGAGACAAGAAGUCCACAGAAAUGAGCCUCCAUUUGAAACAGACUUUUGAAGCAGCAAUCCUCACCCAGCUCUACCCUCGAUCCCAGAUAGACAUCUUUGUAAAGAUCCUUCAGUCAGAUGGUGGAAACUACAGUGUGUGUGUAAAUGCUGCGACUCUGGCUGUGAUUGAUGCUGGGAUCCCAAUGCGGGACUACGUCUGUGCUUGCACUGUGGGCUUCGUGGAUGAGACUCCGCUUGCUGAUCUCUGCUACACAGAAGAGAAUGGUGGGGUCAGCUCUCUGGCCAUGGCUUUACUGCCGCGUGGUGGACAAAUCGCUCUUCUUCAAAUGGACGCCAGACUGCAUCAAGAUCAUCUGGAAAGCAUGAUGGAGGCUGCGAUGACAGCCUGCAAAGGUGUGAGCAAAGUACUGGACGAAGUCGUGCGGCAGCAUUUGGAAGAAGCCUCAGCGCUCAGGAUAAAUAGUUGCAGCAUGGGGCUCCUGUCAGACCCGAACAGAAGAAGAGCUCUGAUCACUCUGCUCACCCGCCUCAAUGCUCCGAUAUGUGUGGUCUGCUACAUGGCGGGUGUGGCCUGGUUCAUGGGUCUCGCCUUUGAGCCCUUCACUCUGCGAACCUACAUGUCCGAGAACGCCAUGGGUUCCACCAUGGUGGAGGAGCGCUUCCCCGCGGGAGAGAGGGCUCUGGCCACGGGAAGGGAGUUUGGUGCACACAAGAAGAAAUCUGGUGGCAUGCCGGUGGAUUGGCUGGUAAAGACCAUGCAAUCUCGAGGUCUAGAAGUUUUCACACAACGAUUUUCUCGCACCCUUCCUUUCCCGGAUGAAAACAAGGAGAGAUUUAUGGUAAAAGGCACAAAUGUGUAUGGAAUCCUCCGAGCCCCCAGAGCUCCACGGACAGAGGCCCUGGUGCUGAGUGCUCCGUGCAGUCCAGGGGAUGGCAACAACCAGGCUGUGGGGCUGCUGCUGGGACUGGCACAGUACUUCAGAAGUCAGAUAUAUUGGGCUAAGGACAUUAUCUUCCUGGUGAAUGAGCAUGACUUGAUUGGGAUGCAGGCUUGGCUGGAGGGCUACCACCACACCAACACUACAGGCAUGGAUUGGUCUCCUCUACACGGCCGCGGAGGUUCGAUCCAAGCGUCUCUGUCUUUAGAACUGAGCAGUGAUGUUGUGACUAGCUUGGACCUUGUAUUAGAAGGGCUGAAUGGGCAGCUUCCCAAUCUGGAUUUGGCUAAUCUUUUCCAUGCGUUUUGCCAGAAGAUUGGUGUACUUUGCACCAUUCAGGGAAAAUUGCAAAGAAACGACUGGGACAGUGUUUCAGGCUAUAGUCACGCCGUUCAGACCAUGAUGCUGAUGGUGAUGAAGCAGGCGAGCGGGCGGCCGUGGGGAGAUCACGGCUUGUUCCUGCGCUACCACAUCGAAGCGGCCACCAUCAAGGGAGUCAACAGCUUCAGACAAUACAAGACUGACGCUACCACUGUUGGCAGACUCCUUGAGGGUAUGUACCGUAAGCUGAACAACCUCCUGGAGCGCCUUCACCAGUCCUACUUCUUCUACCUCAUGCCUUCGCUCUCUCAUUUCGUCUCCAUUGGUUACUACAUGCCUGCCUUCGGUCUGCUGGCCGCCAUCCUGUUCUUGCGCGCCUUAGACCUUUGGGUCCAACUCACGGCUCCUCCUCCUCCGCCUGAAGACGGCAUCGCUCACGACAAACAAUCCAGUCCCGGGGUUCUGUCCGUGUUGACCCCUCUGGUGAUCAGCCACAUGACCGGAGCAGCCCUGUUUGUGCUUCCUGUCCGCUUCCAGGAGGUGGCAGUGGAACACUUCCCUGUGUCUGAGACGGAGGCUGUGGUGCUGACGGUCAUCGCCAUUUACACAGCUGGACUGGCUCUGCCACACAACACACACAGCUCUUUGAUAAGGCUGCUGUCAGGGGAGGGCACGGAGCAGGGCUGGAGGGUCCUGAAGCUGGUGGCCGUGCUGUACCUGGCCGUGCUGCUCGGGUGCACCGCGCUCAUCAACUUCUCCCUGGGCUUCAUCCUGGCGCUCACCCUGGUGCCCAUCGCCGCCUUCGUCACGCCUCACGUCCCCAAGGUCCUCUCGGCCUUCAUCCUGGUCCUCCUGAGCCCGGCCUGCACCCUGCUCUUCUCCGUCUUCUUCUUCCAGGAGCUGCAGGAGAUGCCCGUGAGCUUCCAGGAGGGUUGGAUGCUCUUCCUGUCCGUCAUCUCCCAGGGGAUUCUGGACCACUCCCUGUACGGCUCGCUGGUCUUCCCCCUGGUGGCGCUGCUGGUCUACCCCUGCUGGCUGCUUUUCUGGAACAUCCUUUUCUGGAACUAG